GUCAUUUGUCAAACGCUGUUAUAGGUUAUGUUUUGUUGAAAAUGUUCCUCCUUUAAAACCUAAAAUUCACUAAAUACACGAAGUUUUUCUACAAUAUGGCUAUGAUUCGGGCAGGUUUGCAAAAACUUGCAACUGCUUUUACCGGCAGCCAAGGAGGCAUUUUAUCAAGAUUUGUAACUAAUUUAAUACCCCGAGAGAACACAGCAGUUGACACGCAGAAAGAUGUCAUAGCAACAUGCAACAAACUUAUUGAGCAGAGAGCCUCCAGGAACUUCGCUAUUGUGCAUCUACUGGGCAAACAGUGGCGCGUAACAGACGGCGACUUAGUUGUUGUCGAAGGUUACUGGCCACCGAACAUCGGAGAUAAAAUAAAACUAGACAAAGUUUUACUUGCAGCCACUAAGGAUUUCUCACUUAUCGGAAGACCAUUGGUUCAACCAGGCUUGGUCAAUGUCACUGCUACAGUAAUAUCUAAAGGCCUGUCUCACACUCGCGUGCAUUUCAAGAAGAAGAGGAGGAAGCAGUAUAUGAGAAUUAACUUCCAACGAGCGGAACAGACAAUGCUGCGGAUCAACUCUAUUGAGAUAGCUAAUAAGAUCAAUGAAGCACCGAAGAAUGUCUUUUAAAUUAGUGAACUUUAGUUGUUAGUUUAAUGUUGUAAUAUAGAAAUAUUGUAAACUA